UUCCGAGUUCUUUGAGUUUACCGAUGCCCGAUGCUAGGUGAAAGAUGACCAUAGAUAAAAAACGGUACAACCCUCGCUGCUUCUUUGAUGUGAAGAUAGGGGACGAACCAGCGGGGAGGAUUGUUUUCGAACUGUUUGCAGACGUCUGUCCCAUAACAUGCGAGAACUUCCGGGCCCUUUGCACAGGAGAAUGUGGCACAGGCAAGACGACAGGCAAGCCACUCCACUACAAAAAUGUAAAGUUUCACCGUGUCAUUCGCAGCUUUAUGAUCCAGGGGGGAGACUUCUCUGUUGGUAACGGAAGUGGUGGGGAAUCCAUAUACGGCGGGACUUUCAAAGAUGAAGGCUUUGAGCUCAAGCAUGAUCAGCCAUAUCUGCUAUCCAUGGCCAACCGGGGCAAGGACACCAAUGGGUCGCAGUUUUUCAUCACAACACAGCCAACACCUCAUCUUGAUGGGGUGCACGUGGUGUUCGGUCACGUGAUCAAGGGUGAGGAUGUGGUGCAGGCCAUCGAGUCGCAGCCUGUGGACAACAACAGCUGCCCAUUGCAGCCAGUGAUCAUUGCCAACUGCGGCGAGCUUGUGCUAAAACGCAAGCACAAGGACAAGAAACACAAGCGGUCGGCAUCCAAUGCACCCAGUACUGGAGCAGAAGAAGGCUCUUCUGGGGAGAAAGCCUCAGAACACAAACACCGCAAGCACCACAAGCACCACUCCAAAAAGUCGCGUAAGAACAAGUCACGCAAGCGAGACGAAAGUGCGGAGAAGCAUAUAGACAAGGUGGACGACAGUGCUGAGCAGUCCUUCGUGAAUCCUGAAGAAAUACCGGAGGUGCCCGCAAACAACUUCUUGAUGCGACGUGUGCCCAAUGAGCCCAACUUUGUGUCACAAGGCAGAAGACUGGGAGGCUUCUACAGCCGCCGUCCUCAGAUCUCACGUUCGGGACGCAAGAUUAAAGGUCGUGGCUUCAUGCGCUACCGGACGCCAUCACCUGAAGGCGGUCGAUCCGGCAGUGAGACACCUCCUCACUGGAGGCAGGCUCAAGCGCGGAUGCGGCCUUUUCGUGACACCCUUGAUGUUGCUCAGGAUGGUGAGCAAGAGGCUGGCCAAGAAGAACAGUUACCUGAGGAGGGAGAGCUCACUAACCAUACGGAACAGGCUGCCAAAGAAAAGGAAAAAGAAAACAGGCCACGACGGAGUCCGAGCCCCUCAGAUAAGCGACGAGAACGACGUGAUCGGAAUGCUGACCGCAAUCAUGACAGAAACCUAGACAGAAAUCGUGACCGCUUUAGGGACCGCCGAGAAGGGCGUGAUCGAGAUUCCAAGCGGCGGUCGCCGCGCCGAACGCUACGGACGAAAACCAGCCUCUGCCCGGUGGUGACGAGCCGCCACGGCAGCGACAGCGCAAGUUUGAGGAAGAGCCGCGGUCCAAGAGGAGUUUGAGGGAGGAGCGGUCACCAAGGAGACGGUCGCGUUCACCGAGAGAUCGACAGUCACGACAGCGGCCAGACGAAGACAAGAGUGGCGGGAGAUCUUCAGGACCGAGCCAACACGAUGUCCUGACGACAUCCAACAAAGAGAGGAGCCGAGAAAACCGGGCAAAAUCUCCUCAGAGUCGUAAGGACGAGCAACAAAGGUCGCUCCUCUCUCAUUCCUCUAAGAGCUCUAGACCUACAAGACCUCACAAGGUGUCGUCUUCUGUGAAGCAAGCCUCAAAAGGAUCAACAGAGACAAACCACCAUGCUGAGAAAUCAAGUGGCAGUGCAGGCGCGACGGGCCGACAGACAGUGUCUCGGUCAGCUUCUGAAAAGGGAGCAGCUUCUUCCUCGUCAACGCAGCAGGGCUCCACUACGAUGUCACGCCCCUCACGCAAGUUUGAAGAGCUCCCGCCGUCAUCUUCACGGUCCCACAGAAGAUGCAGCCGACGAGGCGGCCUCUGCAGCUACUCACUCUAGGCUUCCGCUGGCACAGCUGCUUGACCCAACUGAACCACUUCCGCCAGGCGUAGAACCAGAUGAGAUAUCAUCUGGCCUCAACACUGCCAGUUCCUUGCCCUUGUCACAGGUGAAAUGGAGCAGUGUGACUUCUCCCGGUACGUCUGGUGCGACGCCAACGCCACCAUCCACCAGCAGCCGAUGGCAGAGUGCUCCCUCCACAUCAAAGUCCACUGAACCGAAGCAGCCAGACCGGUCAUCACAGUCUACAUCAAAGUCAUUGUCAGCUUCAAAACCACCUUCAUCCACUAAAGAGCCAGAGAAAGCAGGACUUGCGGACAAGAGCCAUUCGGCAGCCAAGUCUUCCUCGGCAGCCACUAAGCCAGAACGCACAGGCCAGGCCAAAGAAGCUGCUAAUAAAGCCGAGCAACCAGCGAACAAGCCAGCAGUCACAGCCACAAAGAUGCCGGUGGCAUCAACGAGUCAUUCCCGCUCUGCUACCAAGACAACAAGGGAAGUAUCGCGGCGAGGGAAAGAUGAGUUGCUAUCAUCACGUUCUCGAUCUAGAAGCCGCAAGCGAGGUCGGAACAGAUCGUUGUCGCAGCGCCGGCGCCGGCGGUCAUCGUCUUCAUCGUCAACUUCAUCUUCGUCAUCAGAUGGCGGUGGCAGCAGCGACAGAAGGCGAACCAAAAGUGGUCGAAGUCGGCGGCGCAGCGAGAGUGGCUCAUCUUCGGACGGUUCACGUGGUGGGGGAAGUUCACGCAGAGGCCGUAUGCGCCGCAGGCGAUCGCCCAGCUCCAGUUCGAGGUCAUCGAGCUCGAGUUCAAGCUCCAGCAGCGAUGGUCGUGGCAGCAGCCGCAGAGGGCAUCGUAAGAGGACGCCGGUUCGUCGCAAGAGUAGGCGUAGUAGGUCAAGCUCUAGUGGGUCAAGCAGCAGCGACUGAAGUUGUCAUCGCAGUCGGUGCUGUAGGGCAGGAAGUGAAAAAAAUGUGCGAGAAAAAUGUACGAGACUUCUCCAAGAUAAAACGAGCUGGCGUUUUUUUAGCCUGUCACCUUUCACUUUCAUUGCUUUACCACAAUUCCUGCCCAAGGCAGCAGCAUUCAAUAGGUGGAAUACAGCUCUACUUUGUACAAGUCCUGUGGAGCCCAAGUGAAGAGCAGGCAUCGUGUGGUGAAGGUUGGCUAUUAGCUUGCAUGUUUCAGAAAGGAGUUUCGGUCUGCCAAAUCGUGCUACAGUCCGAGAGGAAAACUUUGGAGGGGGGCAUAGAGCUUUUUCAUCCUUCUGCCAUCUACUCUGUGAUGUGACAGCCUGCAGUAAGGGGAACAUUUGUUUUUCCAUUGCGAAAAAUGACAGCUCUUUGCAUUGUUCUGUUAUGUUCAGACUUCUUUUUGUAUUGUUUUAUUCUUUUUUGUGCAGCAUCAGUUUGCCUAAGCAAACUCUGUUGUGUCCUGCCACAACAGUAGACAUAAGUGUAUUGUUAUUAGAGCAAGCAAAGUGAAGUCUGUCAAUAUUUUGUUCUGUUUUUUACUUAAGGAAUUGUUUAAUUGCCAUCUGAACACACCAUGAUUGGAAUGUUAAUCCUUGUAAUCAUUUGCAUUCACAUGAGGAUAGGAAAUUGUAGCUCGUCAAGUGUAUUACCGGGUCAAUCGUUGGAGCACACAUUAUUAAAGCACUGCCUUAGUUGGUCAUGUUAUCCCCCAUCCUGAUGUCAUGGCUAAUUACAAAAAUAUAGGCCACUGUGGUAAUGACCUGGCCAUGAGAAUGAGGGAUUUAUAUAGGACUGAUUCAGUGCAAGUUCACCACUAAAUUUGGAUAUUACGAAAGAAUGUUGUCUGCUAAUGUGAUGUAGUUUAUUCUGUCUGAGAAAUAAAAGCUUGUAUAUCAAUAAUUCACAUAUGAAUUCGUAUUUAUGGGCUUAAGAAUAUGUCGUCAGAAGAGCAUCAUUUUACAUGAGAAAUAUUCAUCUCGUAAAACAUAAUGGGUUGCGCAAGUCUCUAAUAGCCUAUUUAAGCUACUUAUAAAUCAUUGUGUAUUGUUGGGGAUAUCAGUAAGCAAGCAGUCAUUGAACUUCACAAAGAUAAAAUGAGUGAAAAUAUGACUGGCUUGAUCAGCAAUAAAGUUCUAAUUGAAGGAAUUUCUUUGUGAUCAUUUAGACACUUUGUGCUCUGUGCUUGUGUCAUGCUAGAUUCUGUAGGCCUGAAGCAGAGCCACUGUAGUCACUAAUUGCUAGCUUACAAGUUUAAAUUGAUUACCACUUCAUAGCUCAUACCUCUGUUGCAGACAUUCAUUUAUUGGUUUUCAAAGCGUCUUGCUUUCUUUAAUUUGAAAAAGGCUGCUGUCUUCACAUUGUUGUAACUUCACAUGUAACGUCCUUGUCCGAGCCUGUUAGCUGAAAAAUAACACUGAUUUUGAUAACUGCUACCAAUGAUAUAGUAGUCUCACAUGUCUGUCACGUUCUCACCCCUGAUUGCCUUCGUUCAGUGUGUAUUGUAGCUCUGGAAUCCUAGUUUUAUUUAUAUAUUGGGAAGUAGUGCUAGAGCAAAAAUUCAUUAAAAUGUUAUUACUG